AUGAUGGGCAAACGGACGCAGUGCUACCUGUGCGACCUGCCCAGGAUGCCGUGGGCGAUGAUCAUGGACUUCUCGGAGCCGGUUUGCCGCGGCUGCGUAAACUACGAGGGCGCCGACCGCAUCGACCUCGUCCUCGAGUCGGCGAAGCAGCUAAAGAAGGCGCACGGCUUCCAGGACGCGCGGCCGUCCGCGAGCAAGACCUACCGCACCAGCGCCGGGCACACCGAGCACAACGGCGGCACGAACCUCGACGUGCUGCCGAUCCAGAACACACCGCAGGCCGGGCACACGCGCCACCACAACAUGCCCAGCUACUCGCAGCUGCACCACCGUAGCUCCAUCACCGAGUUCACGCCGGGGACGGCGGCGGCCGCGGCCGCCGCCCGGCAGCAGCAGGUCAGCCGCCAGCACGGCGACGAGAGUCACGAGAUCGCGAACAGUAUCCGCAGCAACCCGCCGCGCCUGUCCAACGCCCACCUGGCCGCGGUCGCCGCGCACCAGAUGACCCUGCACAACCGCAGCAUCACCCAGCUCAAGCGCGGCAUCUCGGCGAUCGACGAGGACGAGCACGCCGAGAAGCGGCUCUCGCUCGAGGAGCAGCACCCGGUCAGGCCGCCGCUCACCCGCGGCGACUCGCUGCCGGCGGUCAGCCUCGCCGUCAGCUACGUGCAGGACCGCAACAAGGAGAAGCACCCGGUACGGGCGCCCAGCUUCGAGACGGCGACCACCUUCAAGGCCAACGGUGCAUAUGUCGGGCCGUCCAUACCGUUGGCGCCGGCCAAUGUCGCGGCCAACGGUGGAGGGUCGCCUCUUCGUCCAAGAACGAGCCCUCCGCCGCCGCCGCCGCCGAGCCAGGAAAGCGCCAACGACAACUCGCAGUCGAAUCAUCAUCAGGGCACGGCGAACGGCCCGUCACCGAUGGCCGCCCUAAUGUCAGUCGCCGACAAUCUGACAUCGCCCGAACCGGUGCCGCAGCCUCCGAACAAUCCCAGUCCUACUAGUAGAAGUCCGCCGACCACGGCAGCGAACGCUCAGCAACGCAGUGCUUCUAGAGGCUCCCAGCACAGCCCGAACAGUUCAGGCUCAUCGGGCAGACGGUCCAGCAGUUCAAGGCAGGUAUCAUCUACAACCGUGACAACGUCCUCGGAGGGUGCGGUAGCUCAAGCCGCAGGCGCUGAGCCGGUGACGGCGCCGACCCUCAAGUGUACGCUAUGCCAGGAACGUCUGGAGGACACGCACUUCGUGCAGUGUCCCAGCGUGCCGCACCACAAGUUCUGCUUCCCGUGCAGUCGGGACAGCAUAAAGAGACAGGGUGCUGGCUCGGAGGUUUAUUGUCCGAGCGGUGAGAAAUGCCCGUUGGCGAACAGCCAGGUACCGUGGGCCUUCAUGCAGGGUGAGAUAGCCACCAUCCUGGGCGAGGACACCACGGGCACCGGGCUCAAAGUCAAGAAGGAGAGAGAAACUUAAGAACCCUCUUUCAAUGUCGAAUCAGGGCUCAAAUUUUCUGUCCCUCUAUGUACAGAGGGGCUGUUAUAUGGUUGGAACCGUGAAGGGUUUCACCGAACGCUUUUGGUAACGGUGAUAAAAGACUCGUUGGCGACACGCGGGAGAGCCAACGAACGACUCGAGCCAAAGACGUUGUCUGGUGCGAUACGGAUUCUCACGAAGUUGUUGACGUCAAUGAUAAGGGGGGGCUAGUAUGAGAGGGGAGGGUAAAAGAAAGAGAGGGUUGGGGGGAGGGAAAGUGGACGAUUUGAUUUUGUUCGAAGCCGGCGGUUAAUGACGCGUUUUGACGAUGUGAUCGAUGAUAUCGUACGGUGUUUUUAUCCUUUGCGAACCGGUUUUGAGAAGAAGUCUUUGGCAAAUUGCAUACUGGCGGUCGAUUGUUCUGCUAGACACAUGUACAUACGGAUUUCGUACAGAGCGGUUGAAUUGACACACGGCGGAAGCGGCGCGUUAUUUUUCGCGGAUUAGAGGAGCAGUGCGCGACGUUGAAAUCGCGACAGCAUUUGAAGAUGCUGAUAAUUUGUUGCCCGGUUGGGUUUGUACUUAGGCUCGAUAUGCCUUUCUUCAUUGUCUCUUGUAUUGAACGCGGGCAUAAUCGCUUGCGUUCUUUUACACACACACACAUACAUUGACAACGUACAGACAUUACAGAAACAUAUGCAUUACACACAACACUCCCGACACAGACACACCAUGUACAAUGUACAACAACACAUUUCACACGCACACUUCGCAACGGAAAACAUUGACUUGGUAUCGCGAAACGCACGCGAUCGCAUUGUACUUUAUUUUCUUUUUUCACGCGCGUCUAAUCGAACGGUUGGAACUCGUGGUUUUUAAUUAAUGACUAAAGCGAGAGACAAGUACCGUCUCUCCGCGUCUUAUCGUCGUCCCCCCUUUUUUUUUAUUCUUUCAUUUGUAUACUCUUUCUACCUAUACUCUUCGCUCGUUGUAUUAUAUAAAUAAUAAACAUAUAUGGCGGACAUUCGGACCCAGCGCACGGGUUUUCUGUACAUUAUGUAUAUGUGUACAUACCUAUAUUAUUAAUAAAGCGUAUAACUGAAAGAAUUUUUAACGUUUUUUAAGUGUACAAAAACUCUAUAUUCGUUUUUGCGUUUUGUCUCAUUAAAUUAUUACUAUCCUCUGUCUCUCUCUGUUCUUUCGUCUCUUUGUUUUCAUUUCUCUCUUUGUUCUCUCGCGAACGAAGUUUUAGGUCGUCGCCUCUCGAAAGACGCUUGUUUCCGGCGCGCAGAGACACGCGACGUCUCCCUCACCUGGUUUCUCGCUCGCGAAGGCGCACGACGACGUUGCGCUUUACCCGCGCUCCUUACAAUCGCGCUCGUCCGGUCUUCGGGAAGGGGAAAGUAGCAAGAGGAAAAAAAAGUAGAAGAGUCACGUGAGACACGUGAGCACACCGCGCCAUCCAGUCACUCCGCAAGGCGGAUUAUGUAAUAUGAUGUAAUGUCCGACUGUACAACGUCCACUUUCGCCUUUAGUUUAUGCGCUAGACCUUAAGUCGUGGGCCUUUUGGUUUUUCAUUUUCACCGAUGAAAAAGGCACGCCCGUCAAAAUAGGAACCACAUACUCGCUAUGUCUAAACGAUAAAAAAAAAACAAGACGAAGAGUGAAGGGGAGGAACAAAGGCAGGCAGAGGCACUCGCUGGACGCGCCGAGGGGGAUCCUUUCCCGCGCGACGAUUGUGCGAUCCUCUCGCGGAAAGGGAUGCCCUUUUCUCCCUUAGGCACGCGCACGCGCGCGCGGGCGGCUCCUUUUGUAUAUAUUUGUACAAACAGAUCGGCGCACACGUACACACAGACACACAUACAUGAGCGAAAGGGGAGCGAUUGUCGGAAGUUGUCGCGGGGGAGGGAACGAAGCGCUCGGAAAAAUAGAGGAUUAAAGAGAGAGAGAGAGAGAGAGAGAGAGAGAGAGAGAGAGAGAGAGAGCAUUUUUUCUAUGUCUCGCGGGCGGAUCCCGCAGAGGCUCGGGAUAUCCUCCGCUUCCUCGUGGACGUCACGCAUCCUCGAGUUUGCGGCGACGGAUAUCUCGAAGCGUCUCCGGUUAAAGCGCGUCUAAAUUUGUAACGUUAUUAUUACGUCGUGUCGCCCGUAAAGUUACCAGUGUGAUGCAUCGAUAUGUUACAUCAGUGCGCCUUCGGUCGCGACUCGAUCGUCCGCGGCGACGUAAUUAAAACUGACCGAGGUAAAGAGGCGUCGAUCGAAGGGCCGAGGGAGCGACACGGACGCGCGCUGCUCGCCCCUGUCGGCGGGGGUCGGGGGGCGACCGAAGCAAUUGUCGCGCCAUAGAUUGUCAAGUAUAUUUUAUAUCCGUUUCUGUUUCGGCGCCGAGCGCGAGGGAGGAGUAUCCACCCGCGGAGAUCCACCUCUCGCGCGAUAAAGAUAUAAAACAAACUGUACCGAGCGACCGACGCGCGAACCAUCGCUCCUCGGCUCUCGUCGACGCGCGCCCCAAGUUUCCCUCGCGUGUCACGCUGAUCCUCCUCGCGCUCAAGUUGCGGGUCCAGACGCGCCUUGGUAUCGCGCAGCGGCCGUCGAGAGGAGCGCUCGAUAGCAAUACUUCUUACAGCUGUAACGCGACGCUCGUCGUCGAGUUUCAGUCGAGGGGUCGGGGGAGGAGAGGGUGGCUUUCCCGGGGAGAGACAACCCUCGGCUCGACCGGGUCUCGGCGGUGACUCGCGAUCUUUCUCACGCCGAUGACACGUGUCUUCUCGCGCGCGCGCGUGACCUGCGAAUUCGUGCUCUCCUUUGAAUGUAUUAAUCCGAAAUAACGAGGUCUCGUGAGCCGGAGUGAACGAGGGAGGAUUUUCUUCCCAACGAUCGGGGGCUUGGUCGACGCGCGCCGUAUCGUCCUCCGCGUCUCGCACUUUCCGUACACGUGUGUCCGUUGUAUCCUCUUCUUUCUACCCUUCUCCCCCGCUCGCUCGCCGGGAUGACAAUACUCCGCGGAACGGAUUCCCGUUUCCUGAGACGUUGCCUCGGUCGCGCGGGUCCCGCGAACACGAAUUAAUUGCUGAUUACCGAGAUCGCUUGACGUUUUACUCACCGCUGUCUCCGUUGCUGUCGUCGCUGUCAUUGUUAACGGUUGACCGGGGACGAGCGGAAUUGGGGCGCGCGCAGGGAGUAAUCACGUUGGGAUCGCGACUCGCGAAUCUUCCCCGUCCGGGCUGUCCGUUUCUCGGCAACCGACCAAGCCUUCUUCCCCCCCCGGAGUCGCCAGUCCCCGGGCUCUUCUCUCGUCGACGAGGACGCGCGACGCUCCUUCCCCGACCGAGAGUGAAAGAAACGAGGAACGGUAUCUCACGCUCGGUAUCGCGAAUUCGUUCCGUCUCCCUCUUCUUUCCGUUAUCCUCCUUUUCCGUUCUCCUUUCCUUUCUUCCCCUUCCCCUUGAACGAUUCUCGUAUAGCUAACGCAGGUACACGAAGUCGAAGAGAUAUGACGAAACAAUAUGUCGAAUAGCAAUUGUAGUAGUGGAUAAUGAAAAAUUUUCUAGUAUACCAUACCUCGAGGAAACGCGUAACAUUGUACUGUUUAUCGUAUGUAUGCAACAAGCAAAAAAAAAACAAAAUAUAUGUGUUGAUGUGAA